AUGAAGAAGGCUGUUAAUAGUGGAAUGUUCAAGGGUUUUGCAGUGGGACCGAGAAUUUCCAUGGAUAUCAUCCAAUUCGCAGACGACACACUCAUAAUUGGAAAAGGUGGAUGGCAAAAUCUUUGGAGCAUGAAAUCCAUCUUGAGGGGUUUCAGAAUUUUAUCGGGUUUGAAGGCUAAUUUUUACAAAAUUAGGCUUAUGGGUUUGAAUGUGAGUGAUCAUUUUCUUUUGGCUGCUUCGAAUUUCCUAUCUUACAUAAUCGACUGUCCUUCUUUUAGCUUUUUAGGAAUACCUAUUGGUUGUAAUCCACGGAGAGUUAAAACUUGA